UCGUUGGAGGGUUUCAAAGUGUGUCGUGAAGUGGGGGAUUUGCAGGGUGGUUUUUGGCGGGCUGUCAGACAAUUCUCAAGAAUGGAUUCUCAGCCAGAAAUAUAUCGGAGGAAUCUCCAGGAUGUCCAUGAAACCAUCGCGCAUGCCAAGUUGGAGGAGAAGAAUCUCACGGAUCUCACUCAAGCACUCUACUUUCCCGACAUCACGGAUGACAUGGCGAAUGUGAAGCUGCUGGAGCUGAAUCCUCAUCUGCUGCAGCACAUCCAGGAGGGUCAGACGCUGUACCUCAAGGGUGGCCUUACGGAGAAUGUGGUUCUGUGCACGGACAGCAAGACGUUCGACUUGAAGGAGGCCGAAGUGUCGAACAGCCUCUGUCUGAUUCCGGAUCUCAAGUUUGCCCAGGAAACCAGCCACAAUCCGCUGAAAGCAAAGUCCGCAAACACCUCAGCAGACAGUAGUAUGGAGGAGGAGGAGGCGGGGGAUCAUCUCAAUCGUUCAGAUCUCGGUUUGGAGCAUCGCGAGGUGUUCAAAAUCUUCCAGGAAUACUUCGAGGUGCGUGAAAUUCAGCCGAGAUUCCGGAAGUUGCACGACUUGUUGCAAAUGACGAGGUACUCAGGGCCGGAGAAUGAGUACUGCAUCGAGAGGAAGGUGCUGUUCACGCGCCAGCAACUCCUGGACACGAUUCAGUGCAGCGAGGAGGAGUUCGAGAAGGGCCUGCAGCUCAUGAGAGUCAUUGAGAUUGACGAGUUUAUGCGCAUUCUCGAGACUGAAUACGAAUUCCGAGUCAUGGGUCUGUUAUUGGGUGUGAUUGAUGAGAAUUCCUGGCGUCUGGAUGAGGUUGAGUGCGAAGAGUCUGUGAAUUGUCUGAAGGAAAUUGUGCCGGAAAACAUCUUGAGGGCUGUUUUUGCUCUCUACACGCAGCCAAGUGUGGAUCAUCCGGGAAAAUUCAGCUACAACGAGGAGGAAGUGUGCAGAAUCAUGGCCAGGAACAUUCUCAAGCCCGGUUUGAAGUUCCACAUUGAGGAUUUCCUCAGCACAUGGCAGGGCACACUGCCGGAAGGGAUGCAAAUUCAGGAGAAAUUCCUCAGGGGAAUUGGAGUGAUUGACAGAGAGUCGAAGAUGCCGUGCGUCAGGACACUGUUGGAGACAAGUUUGCCCACAAAUCCCCACGAGCGCUUCCAUGUUCUCUUCCAGACCAAGGAUUGCUGGACUCUCGAGGAGAUUGAGCCGUACGUGGAGUGCUUCGCCACUCCGACGACCACAGUCACGACCAUUCUCAACAAAUUCACGCGAUCAAUGAACAAGAAUGGACAAAGAGUGUAUCUUUCCAAGCACUGAAU